AUGGAAUCUCAAUAUAGUGAUUCUGGCACUUUAGAGCCAAGGAGAACGGCGCUCCUGGCACCCACGCCAGACAGCAAGCCGUAUCCACGACCCAAGCUGAGCCCCGACCAGGAAGUCAAGUACAAAACACUCCUGAGUGAGGUCAUGUCGUGGACAAUCAUCACUUGCGAUAAUGAUUUCAGCAAGUCAGGCCCCAUCACAAGUCGCGAGCGUAUCUGGCUCACUCGUGAGUGCCUUUUACGCUACCUGCGCGCAACGAAAUGGUCAAUCGACGAGGCUGUCAAACGCAUUCAGGCGACGCUCGUCUGGCGCCGCGAAUAUGGCCUGGAUGACUUGACACCUGAGUCUCUCUCGCCUGAGCAAGAGACGGGCAAGCAAAUCAUCCUAGGGUAUGACAAGCGGGGGCGUCCUUGUCAAUAUCUAAGUCCAGGCCGACAGAACACAGACCCGAGCCCACGGCAAAUCCAGCAUUUAUUCUACAUGCUGGAGAGGAUGAUAGAUAUGAUGCCUCCUGGGGUCGAAUCUCUUGUCUUAAUGAUCAACUUUAGGCCAAGUAAAGAGAGACAAGAUACAACUAUACCGGUUUCAAUGGCCCGCGAGAUUUUGUCCUUGCUACAGAAUCACUACCCGGAGCGCCUUGGCAUGGUCCUCAUGAUAAACGUCCACUGGAUUAUACGUGCCUUUUUGAAGAUCAUCUCCGUCUUCAUGGAUCCCACCACCCGCGACAAGUUCAAGUAUGACAAUGACACUGCGCAACACGUGCCUAUCGAGCAGCUCUGGAGCGACGAUUGGCCAGGACAGCUCAAUUUCGAGUAUGAGCACAGAGUCUACUGGCCCGCGCUCAACAAGGAGUGUAAGCAGCGGCGUGAGGCUAUCGCCGCGCGCUGGCUUGCGGCGGGGGCAGUUGUGGGCGAGUCAGAAGACUACCUCGCCGGUGGUGCGGAUGUGAGCGUAACAGGAUAUCAUUUUGACAAUGGCAACAGCAAGCUAUUUGGCGCAGAGAGAAGUGCUGGACUGGCAAUGCUCGGUGAAAGGGGCGGGUUGGUGGAAGCGGAAGCGAGGACGGCAGAGACGGCGUAG